AUGGUCUUCACGAACAUCGCCUUAGACGCCGAGGACCAGCUCCGCCAGCGCAUGGCCUGGGCGCUCUCGCACAUCUACGUCGUCGCCGUCGACGGCGUCGGGGAAGCGAACGAGGAGAUCGAGGUCUGGCUGAAGUACUACGACAUCUUCGUCGAGCACGCCUUCGGCAACCUGCGCGACGUGCUCCGCGACAUCGCCGCGAGCCCGAUGAUGGCCGUCUACCUGACGUUCCUGGGGUCCGAGCAGUACCAAGGCGGCGACGCGUUCCCCGACGAGAACUUCGCGCGCGAGUUUCUCCAGCUCUUCACCAUCGGCCUCCGCGAGAUGAACGACGACGGCACGUUCACCGGCUACGAGACCUACGACGGCGACGACAUCCUCACGGGCGCGCGCGCGUGGACGGGUUUCGACGUCCCCAAGCUCCGCGGCGGCGUCGAGGCCUUCCGCAACGAGAACUUCAUCGACGACCUCGAACUCGUCGCCUCUCGUCGCGACCCGUUCCCCAAGUCCGAUCUCACGGGCGGCUACGUCGGCGACGGGGCGCCGCUCUGCGUCGACAUUCCCCAUGCGGACGCCGGCGCCACCGAGGCGUUCAUCGACGGCGUCUUCGAGCACCCGAACGUCGCGCCGUUCGUCGCCAAGCUGCUCCUGCAGCGCUUUUCGACGUCGAACCCGUCGCCGCGCUACGUCGCGGCCGUCGUCGACGCGUUCCGCGCGGGAUCCUACGCCGGCUUCGGAACCGGGCAGUACGGCGACCUCGCCGCGACGCUCGCCGCGAUCCUGUUGGACCGCGAGGCGACGUCGCCGGCGCUGCUCGCGGACCCCACGCACGGCCGGCUCCGCGAGCCGCUGCUCAAGGUGCUCCACUUCAUGCGCGCGAUGGAGCUCGACAGCCUGGACGGCCGCGAGGUCGAGCUCGAGGGCAUGGACCGGAAGAUCGGGCAGAUGGUCCACGAGGCGCCGAGCGUCUUCUCCUACUAUCUGCCCGACUACGCGCCCCAAGGCGCGGUCGCGCGCCGCGGGCUCGUCGCGCCCGAGGCGCAGGUCAUGGAGGGCGCGCGCCUCAUCGGCCUCGCGAACGGGUUGUACUCGCUCAUUCGCCACGGCCUG